CAAACAAACAACUUUGAAGAAAGACCCAUCACGUCAUCAGGGUCGCACACCAACACUGACACCUGUAGAAGCAAACAAUGUCAUACACAGAUUUCUCGAACUUGGUGGUUCCCACACCAAUCUCAAUACCAAUGGACCAUCACAUUGCUCCGGGGUCACGUUUGAACAUCAACCCGGCUGUUCUGAACCUUCCAGGAACCAAUACUCAGGGUGCUGAUAUCAUGACUCAGCUGCAGUUCAGUCUGAAGGCGUCAAUCAACUUGGACUGGUGUAAGAGAACGCUGCUGCAUUUCAGCAGGGACAGCAAUACCUCUUUUAUGAUCAACCAACCAUGGGCGUUGGAAUACCUAUUGGAGGAUCUGCGUUCAAAUUUCGAUAAGACAAGUGCGUUGACGUUGAGAAACCUAUCACAGGAUUCGGAUUUCACCCAGCUAUUGGCAUCGAACCCAAGAACUAAGAAAAUCCUCCUAGAAGUGUUGGAAAAUUUCCAAGAUGACAAGGAAGACAAGGCAGUAGAGGAAACUGACCCAAGGUUCAAAAACAUCGACGACGAACUGCUGAUUUACACUGUCGACAUUGUUGAAAGUGUAUCGUCUUACUACGCGCCUUUACCUAAGAAUGAUGACCUCCUCCUAUCUUUGAGCCAGAUAUUCUUACAGAGCAAUGAUCGUUCGCUGGUUAUCUCUCUUAUGAGAUCAUUUGCAAGAUUUUUGGUACGCUCGGAAACUACAGAGGACAACUGUGCUUCAAACUUCACUUCGCCGAUUUUGGACAGAGUGGCAUCUUUCCUCUUGACAAAUGACUAUGACUUAAUCCUAACAUCUUUGGAUUUCUUGUACCAGUACUCUUUACCGGGAAUCGUUAGAGUUUCACACUUGCUGAGAUCUACAACUAGACAGGAUAUACUUAGAUCAAGCUUGCCAAAAUUGUUAACUUUCCAACAGAAUGUUUCAAAGAACCCCAACAAUCUCAAAUCUUUACAACCUAUGAGACUGGUGAAACGUACAAAACCACCAGUUCCAGAGACUGCUCCAAAGUUGUUACCAGAACAUUACCGACAAAUUUCACUGUUACCUGAACCUUUGAGAGCCACUGCAUGGAUGAGAUGCUGUUAUAAGUUUGUACCAACGAGCGAUGUUACUCAGAUUUCUCUGUGGAAAGCUUAUGAACAGCAAUUUGAAAAAGAUAUCACCAAAAAGAAACUCUUACCUGCAGUUGAUUUCAUCAAAAAUGUAUCACAGGCAUUUAACAAUUCCAGUGCGAUGGUGAUCAACUUGCCUAACGGCCAAAGAAGAUUUAUUAUUAAGGGAAUCGAGCCUAGACAGGUCUCAGUUGAUAUUAAGACAGGUGAUUUAGAGGCCUUUGGCCACAUUAAACCUAAAGAGGAGAAUGAGGUUGUCUCAGCGAAAUCUGUCCAAGAACCGGUGCAAGUGUAUGUACCACCAACAACUCUUAACGAUGUCAACAGUUCCGCAGUUAUGCUGUUAACUUCACUGACGAAUAACCCACAAGGUGCAGAGUUGUUCAAACCUGACUUUGAAGAGUUGAUGAAGUGUUUUGAAUCGUUCCCUGUUUUGUUCGAUGAAUUGGUUGAUGUGUUCAAAUACUUACAGGAUUGAUUUUGUUAUACAGACAAGAGAGAAGAAAUGUUUCAAUUUGGCAGGA